AUGGCUGCCAGAGCGUCUCAGUAUGCAUGGAAGCAGCCCAAGAGUAAUCGUGGGCUCGUUCUAACAGGCUUCCAGUUAGACCGCAUAAUCGUCGUAGGGUAUGCGGACAAACACAGCAUCGCUGCCACCGACUUCACAAAGCGCCAGUAUCUUGAUAUUGGGCGCGCAAAGCUGCUCUGGCAACUAAGUUGCGAGCGAGUCGCCGGUGUACGCUCCAAGAAGCAGAAUUAUGUCACUGGCGAAGACAUGCUCGAUGCAUACUGGCAGACACUCUGCGCGGGGUGCACAUUGGAGACUUUUAAUACAGUACGACCGGAGUUUCUUUCCUUCGACGAAGCCAUGAAAAGCCUCAUAGUCCUACACAAAUCGAACCUCUCCUCUUCGUUUCUUAUGAUUACUUUCAUAAUGUACUGUUUCAUUGUUCAGAGAUUCAUCUUUCCACGAUUCGGCAUCAGACCUCCAGUCGAAUGGGAUGGAUUCAUUGACAGAAUGGUUUUUGCAAUGGGCAGGUGUAUGGCAAGGACGUCAAAAGGCUACAACGGGCUGGUUCCUGCAACAACUCAGCCAGGCGACUGUGUCUGGUUGUGA